AUGCGAUCUCUCCAGGAAAGGGAGGAAGAAAGGAAUGGUUUUUUUUUACAUUCCGCCUUCAUCUCCUCCUCCUCCUCCAACUCCUCCUCAUCCUCUUCCUCCUCCUCCUCGUACAGCUUCUUCUUCUCCACCUGCUCCAACCCCUCCUCUUCCUCCAACUCCUCCUCCUCUUCCUCCUCCUCCUCCUCCUCCAACUCCUCCUUCUCCUCCAACUCCUCCUCCUCCUCCUACUGCUUUUUCUUCUUCUCCUCCUCCUCCUCGUACUGCUUCUUCUACUCCGUCUCCUCCAAUUACUCUCCUCCUCCUCCUCCUCGUACUGCUUCUUCUACUCCGUCUCCUCCUCCUCCUCCUACUCCUCCUACUGAUUCUUCUUCUCCUACUCCUCCUCCUGAGCCUUCUUAA